CCUAGCAAAAGACUCCCCUGGAACCUAACCUAAUUUAGCCUCCGAGAGAACUGCGUUGUUGCUGUGACUGCUCCUGCUCGUCGUGAAUCUGCUUAGUGUGCUCACCCUCGGUGGCUCGAAUUCGAAUCUCGCCGCGCCUCAGCCUCCGCCUCUAGAACUUGUGCUUCCACCUCCGACUAGUCGCGCCUCUGCUACCACCUAGAAUUCUUCAGGUUCCUGACCAUUGCUUCCACCUUAAGAACAAGUUGAGGGGAAACAAACUCAGGGAGUAGAAAUAUGUUUUUUGGUCUGAGAAACUUCACCGAGAGGACCGGAGAUGGCGUCGGCCAACCAGUGCUUGAUACCGACAAUGGUGAGGAGCUUAUGCGCGUCCAACCAGGGGUUGAUGUCGUCCUCGCUAAUCGUCCUCGCGAGUCCCAUGGCACUCUCUACGUUUCUAACAAGCAAGUGAUAUGGUUGAGUGAUGUGGACAAGGCUAAAGGCUAUGCAGUUGAUUUUUUGUCUGUGUCACUUCAUGCAGUAUCAAGAGAUCCUGAGGCCUAUCCAGUUCCUUGUAUAUAUACGCAGAUUGAGACUAAUCCAGAUGGGGAUGAGUCUGACAACUCAGAUUCAGAAUGGAAUGAAACCUUAGAUCUGUCCAGGAUCAGAGAGAUGAGGCUUAUUCCAUCAGAUCCAAGUCAAUUGGAUUCUCUUUUUGAAAUAUUCUGCGAGUGUGCAGAGCUUAAUCCUGAACCAAAUGAUGAGGAAGGAGAAGAGCAUGAAUGGAUUUUCAGCGCAGACCAAAUGGCAGAGGAAGAGGAGGAAGAAUGUGUCUCUCAAAAUCCUGUCAACACAAUUGGUCAGUCAAAUGGUGAUCAUGACCUUGCUCAUACAGUGCUUGAGCUUCGAAUUGAUGACGAAGUCUUCGACGAUGCGGAGGAGAUGGAGCAUGAUAGAAACAACACCCAUAAUUGAAUCCCUGUGAUUUCCUCAAAAAUAGCGUUGUUCAGUGGUCUUAAAGCCAUACCUGUUAUCCAUUGGUUAGUAUCAAAGGUGUAACUAAAAACAGAAUGGUUGGAAAAAGCUAGUCUUGGGGCACAUGCUCAAGUUCUGUGAUCUUGCUAGGGUCAUAGCCUGAUUAUUGCUUUAGGUGGUGUGUCCUCAAGGCCUUGGCUUUGCCGGCGUGGCGGUUCUUGGUGGUGUUCCUUCGGUGUCUUAGCCAUCAUGAGGUUGUACCGUUGUAGCAUGCUGUGAAUUGCUGUGAGCAAUCACAACCUUCUUGUAGUGCGUCAGUAGCUCUUUGCGUUAUGAGAUUAGAUCUUUGCUUUUGAA